AUGGAAGCAGCAGGCAACCGGAAGGCAGCUGAUACGGCCAAGGGAAUGCUUUUUGAGGCCAUACUUGAAAACCUACAAAUCGAAAAUCAUCUGUCUCAAGGAAAUGCUGUUUCAAACUUGUCAUUUUCGAUUGCUGAUCUAGGUUGUUCUGUUGGUCCCAACACUUUCAUCGCAGUCAAAAACAUUAUAGACACCGUGACACAAAAAUUCCAGAUCGAAGGCCAAUCCUCUUCGCUCCCCGAAUUCCAUGUCUACUUCAACGAUCAUGUUUCGAACGAUUUCAACACUCUUUUCGCCAAUCUUUCCCCAGAUAGGCAAUACUUCUCAGUGGGAGUUCCAGGGUCAUUUUACGGAAGAUUGUUCCCCAAGGCAUCCCUUAAUUUUGUUUACUCUGCCUACUCAGUCAUUUGGCUUUCUAAGGCACCUGAAGCUGUAGGGGAUUUGGACUCACCUAUAUGCAAUAGGGGAAGGAUUUGUUAUUCCAAUGCGCCUAUUGAAGUUGGUCACGCAUAUUCGCUUCAGUAUGCGAAAGACAUCAAGUGUUUUCUUGAUGCUCGAGCGGAAGAGCUAGCUCCCGGAGGUUUAAUGGUGCUUCUUAUUUCCGGGCGUCCGGAUGGGACACUUCCAGCAGAAUGUUCUUGUGGCCCGAUUUACGAACCGGUUGAAGCUUGCCUCAUAGAUAUGGCCAAUGAGGGAUUAAUAAGCAAAGAUAAACUAGACUCUUUCAACUAUCCAACAUACAGCCCAUCAAUGGAGGAGCUGAGGGAGCUAAUACACAAAAAUGGGUGUUUUGAAAUUGCGAGACUGGAAGAGCAACCUCGGAUGCCUAUCCCUUUGAGUAAAACCGCAGAGGUUAGAGCUGGCAUGGAGAGUCUCCUCACAAAGCACUUCGGCACUGACAUUAUGGAGCCGCUUUGCGUUCGCUACUCGAAGAAAAUCGAAGCACGCCCACGUCCGUUCCUCACUACUGCCGACGACGGCUUGGCUGUUGGAUUAUUUGUCCUUCUCAAGCGUAAACACUGAUGAUAAUACUAGAAUGUAUGUGCUUCAUCGUAAUGAAAUGAUACAACUUAGUACUAGUUUUG